GUUCCAAAAGCAUCUUUUGCUUUUGCUUGUGUUUUUAUUAUUUUCUCCAAUUUUCUUGAAUCUCUCUUCAUCAUUUUUUUUUUCCACUUUGGUUUCUUGUUUCCGGGCUCAUGGAUGAUGAUUCUAGCUUCCAAAUCAUACCCAGAAACAAGAAACCAAAACUCGUAGACGAUGAAGAGAAAAACAAGAUCUUGGUAACAAAUAAAAACCCGUGUAAAAACAACAAUUUACACGGGUUUGAUAUAUUGCCUAGAGAUGUACUUCUUGAUGUACUUACUAGGCUACCCAUAUCUUCAUUAAUUCAAUUCCGGUUUGUAAGCCGGUCAUGCGACGUUUUGUCGCAUGACCCUGAGCUUCCAAGACUUCACCACCCCAUGGCGAAAAAAGCAGACCCCAUGUUGGUAUUUCAUUGUGACUUUCCUAUUCGAAACCAGCUUUAUUUCGUUACUUAUGAUGGUGAUCAUAACAAGAAUAUUGUACGAAAGAUAUCGACACCAUUCUGUCGUUCCAUGCCCGAAUUCAACGUUGUUGGGUCCUGCAAUGGCUUGUUAUGUUUGUCUGAUUCUUUGUAUGGUGAACCGGUUUUUUUGUUUAACCCGUUUACUAGAAACUAUCUAGAGUUGCCAAAAUGUGUACAGUUUCAAGACCAAGAGGUUGUUUUCGGGUUUGGGUAUCACCCCAAGACUAAUGAGUACAAGGUUGUUAGGAUUGUGUAUUAUAGGACACCACGUAGGUUAAUCCGAAACCAUAGAAGCUACCCGAGAUCCGAGGUUCAUGUCUUGACCAUUGGAGGAGAAUCAAAUUUGAACAAUGAAUGGAGAUGCUUAGGGAAAGUGCCAUACCAACUUGAUAGGCAAGCAAAAGAAGCGGUUGUGGUUAAUGGACGGCUCCAUUGGGUAAGCCGUCCUGGACGUCUUCCAGGUCGAACCAUUGUGUCAUUCGACCUGGAAGACGAACAGUUUAAGCUUGUUUCCAAGCCGGUUAACCGAAGUAACUAUCACUUGGCAGUGAUCGAUGAAUGUCUAGCUGCAGCAGUGUCGUGUGGAUACGGAAAGUUGGAGAUUUGGGUAAUGAAGGAAUAUGAUGCCAAAGAGUCUUGGACAAAGUUGUUUGACAUCCAUGGGGCGUACUUAGCUAAAGUCCGGACUCACGACUAUGGAAUAUGGAGGAAGGCGAUGCACGAGAAGAUGGUUCGGGUUUUGUGUGUGUUGAAGAAUGGGGAAAUAUUGAUGGAGUAUAGAGGAGGGAGUUUGGUAAAGUAUGAUCCUAAAUGGAAAGAGUUUAAGGAUGUUGUGUUUCAAGGAAUGCCUAAGUUGUUCCAAACAUUUGCACAUGUUGGUAGCCUUAAUUGGAUUCAUACACCAAUCUAGCAAGUAACUGAAACUUGCUAAAUAUAACAUCUACAUUUUGAAUAUAAAUCUUACAUUUAAUUUUCUGUAAUGAUUGGAUAUAAGUCAAUGGUUAUUCAACUAAAUUUCAUGGUUCUAUUACAUGUGCUAUUUUUCCA